UCCCCGCCCCUUCCCCGCCCCUUGGCCACAGCGCGGCGGCCGGAGGCCCGGGGAGGAGCUGGCGUUGCCUCCGGGGCGAUAGGGCGUCCGCAGCCCGGCUGGGCAGACCGGUGGACAGACCAGAGGACCCGCGGAGGGAGAGGACCGGCCAGCGCGCUGGGGCUGUGACCCGCGGCCAGAGCAGGACUCGCUCUCAUCCACCGAGGAGGACCCGGCAUCCGCAGGUCCUUCCCCUGGACACCCGUCCCUCCGCCCAGCCUGGCCAUGGCCCUGUGCCUGAAGCAGGUGUUUGCCAAGGACAAGACUUUCCGGCCACGGAAGCGCUUCGAGCCGGGCACACAGCGCUUUGAGCUGUACAAGAAGGCACAGGCAUCGCUUAAGUCCGGCCUGGACCUGCGCAGUGUGGUGAGGCUGCCGCCGGGCGAGAAUAUUGACGACUGGAUCGCCGUGCACGUGGUGGACUUCUUUAACCGCAUCAACCUCAUCUACGGCACCAUGGCUGAGCGCUGCAGCGAGACCAGCUGCCCGGUGAUGGCUGGAGGGCCCCGCUACGAGUACCGCUGGCAGGACGAGCGGCAGUACCGGCGGCCAGCCAAGCUCUCGGCACCGCGCUACAUGGCCUUACUCAUGGACUGGAUUGAGGGCCUCAUCAACGAUGAGGACGUCUUUCCCACUCGCGUUGGAGUCCCCUUUCCCAAGAACUUCCAGCAGGUCUGCACCAAGAUCCUGACCCGCCUCUUUCGAGUCUUUGUCCACGUCUACAUCCACCACUUCGACAGCAUCCUCAGCAUGGGGGCCGAGGCACACGUCAACACCUGCUACAAGCACUUCUACUACUUCAUCCGAGAGUUCAGCCUGGUGGACCAGCGGGAGCUGGAGCCACUGAGGGAGAUGACAGAGCGGAUCUGUCACUGAGCCUAGACCCGGACACUGUUGCUCAUCAGAUGAUCGUCUGAAUAUAGAGUGGCUGAGGAGGGGGACCCUUAGGAGUCUGGUGGCAGAGGAACCUGAAGGCCCUGGGACCCCUCCACACACCCAAAGCCCCUGGACUUCUGGUUCUCAGGAGUCUGCCCCUAUGCCCCCUGACUGCUUGUGAGUGGAGAAAGGGAGGAUUUAAACGUGGGCAAACAGGAGGAAAGGAGGAGCUAAACCUCUGACAUGAAGUCUAGGGAUGGGGUAGGCUAGAGGGUUUCCACUCUGACACUUGACCUUUUUGUGGUGGUUCCCAAGCCUAACUGGGCAAUGUGGAUGUGGUUGAGGUGCUGGCAAGAAAGGUACAAGAGUGAGCAGCCUGUGUGUGAGUGAGCACUGUGUGUGUGUGUGUGUGUGUGUGUGUGUGUGUGUGUGUGUGUGUGAUUUUGACUGUGGAGAGCGUCUGUGAGAGCCAGCCACCUUCGACCCUACCCUCCCUGGCACAUAGUGGGACCUCAUAAAUGUUAGGCAGAUGGAUGGAUGGAAGGAACAAAGGAACGAGGGAGGAAGGGGAGGAGAGAUUGGGACCAUCAGACCAUGAUCACAGUAGGAGUGAUGACAAUUCACUGUCCCCUCUCGGUGUGUCUGAUGAUGUGUAAGUACAAUAUGUGGUUGUAGGUGGGUGUAGCUCUAUGUUUGAAACUUCCAGGCUAUCUUUUUCCAUCAGCAUGAAUUCUGAGGAACUGAGGAGGUAAGAAAGGAGCAUUGCCCUGGGUACCUAAAUCCCUGGCCCACCACAGACACAGGUUCUGAUUGCUCAGCCAGGGAUGCCCAACAACUAGCAUUUCACUCAGCCCUCUGCCUCCAGAAAGGCCUGAUUAUAGACAGCCUCCUGGGGGUAAGGGGUGAUCCCUCUGGCCACAAUGGUCCUCUGGUGCUUAAAUUGGGAAUCACAUACUCCAAUCUAGCUUCUAGAAUCUACACUUGACUCCCAGCAUCUGAAGCCCAGCACAGGAUAAUAAUCCAACCCAAGGAUCUAGUAGAACUUGAAUUGGGAAAUUCUGGAGAACUUGAAUUGGGAAAUCCCAGGACAUUAAGAACCACGGGGCUAGUGAAUGCACUCUUCCAGGCUUGGAGAAACCCCAUCCUUCAAGCACUUGCCUCCUUUCAACCAUCCUGAGACAUUCCAGCUGGUUGGUUCUCAGAGCACAGCUGUUCCCAGAGAAACUGGGGUGUUCAUUCAGUACUCCAUUACUCAGCACUCCCAUGCCCAGCCCUGUGCACAGACCCACAGGUGUGGAAAUUGAGGCAGGGACAGGGUCCUCCCUUCCCAGAGCCUCCACACUGGAAGGCCAGAAGGAGAGCCAGAAAAGACCUGAAUCCUCACAGAAUCCUCCACGUACACAAGAGGAAACUGAAGCCAGGAGGAGAAGCUGUCCUGGCCUCACGGCAAGGCUUUGUGGAGCUGAAGGAGAAGCACAUGGAAUGAGGGUUUGCCAGCCCCUCUCCAGGACACAACUGUUCCUGCUUUGAGCAAGGAUUUCUAGCCUGAUGUCAGAGUGCCCCACCUUCCCUCAGGCCUGCCAGGGCUGUCUGCUGAGCCAAACCUCCAAACUCAUGCCCCUCUCCAUGACCCAGCAGCUGCCUGAUCUCUGGGGAAGCAGAUGGGGCUCCUGGAGUCAGCCCAUUGGACUCGGGCUGCUGCCUCCAGAGAAGUUCCCAAGGGA